AUGAUCAAAGAGACAUUUCGCAAUGUCGACGCCCACAUUAUGCAGAGAGCCAAGGAAGUGGUCGAGCAGUCUCCUGCUGGCGCUUCUGCUGCUCUGCAGGCACUGGAGCCGGUCCUCUCAGGGUCAUGUGCCCUCGUCACGGCGUACGACGUGCGCUCAGGCCUGCUCUACACCGCCGUUACGGGGGAUUCGAGAGCCGUGUUGGGCAAAUGGUCUCAAGACGGGACGCACGAGGCCGUCGCACUCAGCAAAGACCAGACUGGCUUCAACGAGGACGAAGUGAAGCGGCUGAAUGAGGCUCAUCCCGGCGAGGAAAAGGACAUGAUCAACCCUCGCAGUGGUCGGCUCUUUGGCAUGGCCAUUACGCGCGCGUUUGGCGAUCACCGUUGGAAGUACACUCUUGAUUUUUUACACCGUCUUAAGGCAGACUUCUUCGACGUGGGCCCUCGCCCGAAUUACAAGACACCACCUUACAUGACCGCCGAGCCCGAGGUGACUGUGCAAAAGGUCCAGACUGGCGACUUUGUCGUCCUGGCAUCCGAUGGGCUGUGGGAUCACAUGUCGAACGAAGACGCAGUCGAGUGUGUCUCCCAGUGGCUUGCAGUUAAACGCAGUGGCAAGACGCCGGUCGUCGCCGAGGAGAAGAACGUUCGUCUCACCGUCGACAAGGAGGGUUACGGGACGUGGGAGGCGACAAAGGAAAACUUCUCUAUUGAGGACAUGGACAAUGCAGCUGUCUGUCUUAUCAAGAAUGCAUUUGGCGGGAAUAGACGGGAUCUGUUCAAGGGCGUGAUCAGCCAGCAGGCGCCCAGGAGUCGCUACGUGAGGGACGAUGUAACGGUGCAAGUCAUCUUCACAAAGGAUCCUUACGAGACGAAGUAG